UUUUCCGAGAAGGUGCUGAGUGCCUGACAGUCUGUACUCAGGACACAGUCUCCCUUUCAUGACGCCAUUUACCCGCGACGCUCAGGCCAUUCCACACCUUACAUUUUACUAAUGUGUAAACUCUCUCCAUAAACUGCAUGUGAACCUUGUUUAAGUCCAGAUAGUUUCUACAAUGGCCUCUAAACGACCGCAGGACGACAGAAGCACAACAGAGAAGAAGAAAAAGAAGAAGAAUUGUGACGAAACAGCGAAACUUUGUUCUUGUAUAGAAGACGAGCAGGUGACGAGAGCAGUGAAGGAGGCAUGGAGCCGGAGGACUCACUACAGCCAGGGGGAUCUGGAGUUGGACUGCCACCCUUUCCCUCACUGCAUUAUUAAAAACUUCCUCAGCAGCGAGACCUUUGUAGAAAACCUGCAGAGAGAAUUGCUUCAGCUCAAUUUCCAUGAGAAGUCAAAUGAUCUCUACAAAUUUAAGCAGUCAGAUGACUUGAGGAAGAGAACUGAGCCACAUGUCGCUGGACUGAGGGCAGCACUGUUUGGGCGUUUCCGCUCCUGGCUUGGGGAAGUGUUGGGGGUUGAACUGGAGCCCACUGUAGAUAUUUCUUGUGCCAGAUAUGAAUACACAGAUGUUCUUUUGUGUCACGAUGAUGAGCUGGAGGGGAGGCGUGUUGCGUUCAUUAUCUAUCUUGUGCCCCCAUGGCAGAGCAGCGAAGGGGGAACCCUCGAUCUGUACACAACAGAUGAUCAUUUCCAGCCACAGAGUAUAGUGAAGUCACUUGUACCCUCUUGGAACACACUCGUCCUCUUCGAAGUUUCUCCAAUUUCCUUUCACCAAGUGUCAGAGGUUUUGUCACAGGAUAAGUGUCGUCUGUCUCUGAGUGGCUGGUUUCAUGGACCAUCUCUGGAGCGCCCUCCUCGCCAGGUCGAGCCCCUUGUCCCGAGGAGUCCACACUUACCAAGAGAUGAGACACUGCUGCUGGAGUGGGUCAAUCCAGUGUACCUGGACAUCUCCUAUCAGGAGCAGAUUCAGGAGGAGUUUGAGGACAGCUCUGAAAUUCAGCUCAAAGAUUUUCUUAAGGAGGAAAAGUUCAGGGAGGUUAAUGAAGCAUUUGCUGAGGUCCAGUGGUUGAGCAGAGGUCCACCCAAUAAGAGAUGCUAUGAAGUGGCUUCUCUGGACACCCUGCCUGAGUGUGUGAGUGCAUGUUGGGAGCUGCUUUGCUCAGAGGCUUUCUUCCUGCUUCUCUCCAACUUCACUGGCCUGCGACUGCACUACCUGUGUCCUGCUGAUGAUGACGAGGAGAAUAAAGAUGAAGAGAAAGAGGAGAACAACAAGCCAGAGGAUGUACAGGAUGGGGAAGCCACUGCGUCUUCAACUGAAUCACCAUCAGCAAAUGCAAAUACAAGCAGAGAGACAGCGCUGAGCACACCUGUAUGUUGUGGUGAACUGCGUCGAUGGUCUCAUGGCAGCUACACCCUACUGCAUGAUGCAGAGGCUGCACAGGCAGAGCACGCUCUGGACCUCGUGUUGCCUUUUGGCUGUGCUGACUGGCAGUCAGAGUUUGGAGGCUUCACGUGUUAUGUUGCUAAUGAGGAGGAUGAGGAGCUUCUCACAGUGUAUCCAGAGGAAAACUCCCUCGCCCUUGUCUACAGAGACAAAGAAACCCUCAAAUUUGUCAAACAUGUCAACCACAAAAGCGCCUCUGACUCUGCCUGCAGAGCAUUUUAUGACUUUUCUUUUGUGUACUAUGAAUAAAAAUGCAUAUAUUUA